UUAGUAGUGGGAAAUCAUUAUCGGUAAAUAUUGGCCAAAACCGAUCGAGCGACACUGCGGAAGUGGCGAAAGAAAGGGUCCUCCCAGGGAUCGGUGGCAGAACAGAAACAAACGCAACAGCAACACCACCAACCACCCCAAAAGUGGAUUGGACGCAGGGUCGGCUUUCGCUGGGGUAAGCCACACAGAACUGCACCGAACGAACCGGAUCGUCCGGAAGGCGGCCCACCAACGAGAAAGUCAGUCACACCGGAGCGAACGGAGUCACCUGCAACCGGUGACGAAGCAAAGGAAGAAGAACAAGAAGACCGGCCGGUGGUUGCGGAACAGCUAAAGGGAACUAUCGCUGCAUCUCCCCGAAAGGCGCAGUCGAAUAGAUCCAUUUUCAGUUCCCUUGUAUUAGCAGCGCCCAAGCGUCGCAAGGCAAACAACAUCCCUACCGGUGGCACUGGUGGUGGUGGUGUUGUUGAGGAACGCGGCGUCGGCAUCGGAGAAGAAGAGCAGGGCACUGAACGACGACGUGGUGGAGGAGGCGGAGGUGUAGGCUUCCAUCUGUUGACCCGCUUUCUAACAGUUCUCGGUGGAAAACGUGCGCAACGGACAGCUGCAAAAACGGGGAAAGAAUUUCUUCCGACAGAGGGCUUAAACGUUAUGGACUACGACAAAACGGUGGAAGCAAUGGACACCCAGGACGACAAUGAAAUCGACCCGCCCAACAUUCAGAACCUGGCAAACGCGGUCGCACCACCCACGGCCGCCGCCAACGGUGGUGGAGCAAACGCCGAUGGUGGCGGUGAAGCGAUGGCGUUAGAUGAGCAGGAUUUCAUGAACGACGAGGUGCGUUCUGAGGCAACGUUCAGCUUUAGGAUACCGAAGUUCAGCAGAUUAACGGAAUCCAUCCUCUCACCACCGUACUACGUGCGCAACCUGCCCUGGAAGAUACUGGCGAUGCCGCGCAAUAACGAUAAUGCGGUUACGCCCUGCAAAGGGCUCGGCUUUUUCCUGCAGUGCAAUGGUGAAAGUACGAGCAACAACUGGAACUGUUCGGCAUCGGCCGAGCUGCGGCUGAUGAAGGUGGAUCCACAUGCGGAUCCGUUCAUACGCAAGAUCCGUCACACGUUCUGCAUGCAGGAGAACGAUUGGGGGUUCUCGUCGUUCAUGAACUGGGCGGAAAUUCUGGACCCGGUUAAUGGGUUCAUCGAUAACGAUACGAUCACGCUGGAGGUGUACGUGAAUGCCGAACCGCCCCGUGGUAUUUUCUGGGACUCAAAAAAACACACCGGCUUCGUGGGAUUAAAGAAUCAGGGCGCGACGUGUUACAUGAACUCACUGCUGCAGACGCUCUAUUUCACCAACCAGCUAAGAAAGGCGGUGUACAAGAUGCCGACCGAGGCAGACGACGACUGUAAAUCGGUAGCGUUAGCGCUGCAGCGCGUAUUCCACGAUCUUCAGACGCAAAAUAAACCAGUCGGCACCAAAAAGCUCACCAAGAGCUUCGGUUGGGAUGCGCUCGAUUCCUUCAUGCAGCAUGACGUGCAGGAGUUUUUGCGCGUGCUGCUGGAUAAGCUGGAAAACAAGAUGAAGGGCACGAGUCUGGAGGGUACGAUCCCGAAGCUGUUCGAAGGCAAAAUGAUAUCGUACAUCAAGUGCCAGAACAUUGACUACACGAGCAGACGCACGGAGACGUUUUACGACAUUCAGCUGAACAUAAAGGGCAAGAAGAACAUUCAGGAAUCGUUUAAGGAUUAUAUCGCAACCGAGAUUCUGGAUGAUGAUAAUAAAUACGAUGCGGGCGAACACGGACUGCAGAAGGCGGAGAAGGGCAUCCUGUUCCGGAAGUUCCCACCCGUGCUGCACCUGCAUUUGAUGCGCUUCCAGUAUGAUCCCAUUUCGGACAACUCGGUGAAGUUUAACGAUCGGUUCGAGUUCGACGAGAUGAUCAAUUUGGAUCCGUUCCUGGAGUCGGAGGAGGAUACACCGGCCACGUAUAUCCUGCACGCAGUGCUCGUGCAUUCCGGCGACAACCAUGGUGGCCAUUACGUGGUGUACAUCAAUCCGAAGAACGAUGGUAAAUGGUGUAAGUUCGAUGAUGAUGUGGUGUGCCGGUGCAGUAGAAAUGAAGCAAUCGAACAGAAUUACGGUGGGCAUGAUAAUGAGCUGAAUCUGCGUCACAGUAGCAACGCGUACAUGUUGGUGUAUGUUCGUGAAUCCGUCGUCCAUCAGGUGCUGGAAGAAGUGAAAGAGAGCGACAUCCCGGAAGAGUUGCUCGAGCGUUUGAAUGAGCAGCGUCGCAUUCAGCAGGCGAGGCGCACCGAGCGUACCGAGGUGUCAAACUUUGUCAACCUCAAUAUUUUGCUAGCAGACUACAUGGAGGUGCACCAGAAGUCGGAUCUGUUCGAUGCGACGACUGCCGCCUAUCGUUCGCUAAAGGUGCGCAAAACGACGGACCUUGCGUCGGUGGUGGUGCAAGUCGGGCGAGCGUUUAAGGUUGAACCGGGCCAGUUCCGUUUGUGGGAGGUGAAGAAACCGGCCAGCCAGAAGCCCCACAAGUUCGAGUACAUCGAUCCGGCGUCAACGGAAACGUGCAGCAAGUAUGCGUCACCGGAAACAAAGCACUCGUGCACGAUCUUCCUGGAGCUUCCGCUCCCGGGACGAACCGAACUCGAACCGGCCAAGAUCACGUUCGAGGACGUGCUACUAUUCUUCAAGUUCUACGAUCCGGUGGAGAAACGGUUGAACUAUUGCGGUCAUGGGUUGUAUAAGCCAUCGACAACGGUGGCUGAGCUGGUGCGUGAUUUGAACAAGCGUGCCUACUUCGAACCGGACACCGAGCUACAGCUGUACGAAGUUGUUGACAUCAACAAGGCGCAGAAGAUCACGGACCAGUUCCAGGCGCUGCAGACCGCGAUGUCGUUCCUGUGCCACGGUACAAUCAUUGUGUUUGAGAAGCUGCACCCACCGCAAGAGAACUUGGAGUUCCCGACGUGUGAGGCGUACUUUAAGGACCUGUUCUGUCGCAUGGAGGUCAUCUUUCUCGACACGCUCAUCCCGAACGAUACCGGCUUCACGCUGGACCUAUCGUCCGAGUCAACGUACGACCAGAUCGCGAAAGCCGUCGGUCGCCGCAUCAACGUCAACCCGUACGAGAUACAGUUCUUCAAGAGCAAAAACUACAGCGAUCUACCCGGGCAGCCGCUGUCGCACAGCUUCGGUGGAUCGCUCCGAGAGGUGUUGCAGUACAGCAAAACCAAGACGAUACGCAAGCUGUUCUACCAGAAGCUUUCGAUCAACAUCAACGAGCUGGACAACAAGAAGCAGUUCCGCUGCCUCUACCUGAUGCCGAACCUGAAGGAGGAGAAAGAACUGAUACUGUACCCGAACAAAAACGGCACAGUGCGCGAUCUGCUCGAGGAGGCCCGAAAGGUGAUCGAGUUUGCUGAGGCGAGCACGAAGCAGCUGCGAAUUUCGGAACUCUCGAAGAACCGGCUGUCACCCGGACCAUCCGACGAUACGCCACUGGACCAGCUGCACGACUACACGGAAAAUCCGUUUGUGCAGAAGUCUAGCAUCGGCAACCAGACGAUGUACCGCAUCGAGGAGGUGGCCGAAGACGAGGUGCAGUUGGGCGAGCACGAGAUGCUAGUACCGGUGCUGCAUUUCACCAAGGACAUUUCUAGCGUGUUCGGCAUCCCGUUCUUUAUCCGCACCGUGCAGGAUGAAACGUUCGCCUCGCUGAAGGAGCGCAUGAAGAAAAAGUUGGGCGUAUCGGAUAAGGAGUGGGAGAAGUAUCGGCUAGCGAUCAUUACCGAGCACAUCGACUACAUCGACGACGAGAUGAUACUGAUCAAGCUGGAAACGUUCCGGGGCGAUCCGAGCGAUCCACAUUCGCGGACCUUCCUCGGUUUGGAGCACAUCAACAAAAACACCAAACGCAGCAGGUUCAACUACAUGGAAAAGGCGAUCAAGAUUUAUAAUUAGACAAGACAAAAUCACAAAAUCACAGAGCUCAGUGAAUGGCCUUUCCCACCACCAUCACCCCACUUUGCCCGCUAGCAUCACCACCGUUUAGCUCUGCUGCCUUUUCUAUUGGGCAGUGAGUAGUUGUUGAAUGUUUUUUUUGGGAAAGGAAGUGAGUGUGCUCUAACAAAAUUUUCGUUCGUUCGUUCGAUUGUAUUUGAAUUACGUCGCACGUUUCGCUCGGAUGUUGUUGCGAUUAUUCACCCGAUUCGGAAACUCCAAGAUCCCAACUAACGCGAGGAUGUGUGUCACUAGGAUGGACCAAAAAUGCUUCGGCUGAAUGUCCCGCGCAUAGCGAGAAGACGGCAGGAUAAUUAGUUAUUUUAUUGCACAGUCUUAGGACAGAUGAGGGCAAUUAUAGUUGCGCGUGUUUCAUGGUUUAUGGUUUAGUAAGGAAUUAGGGAUUCAGCAGGAUUCGGGGACAUUUUCAUUUCUCUCGAUGGAGCCCAGGUUGUUUUCGGUGCAGGUAUGAUUUGAAACAGGUUCAAAUUAAAUCUGUGAUAUUGUUCAUUGCUUUUGAAUUGGAUUGGAAUUGUUUUUGAUCGGUUUUGAGCGGUGUCAUUUUUUUCAGCGCCGCUCUUUGUGUACAUUA